AGCCAAGAUAGACGUGCCAAAUUUUCAACCAAUGAAAUAGACUUUUACUCUAGCGGCUAGCAGUUUGAAACAGUGUUUUUAACAGUAGAGUGGUCACUUGCAGAUUGAAAGCGUUCUUUGUGUUAACGGAGGAACAAAUACCUUUAAAACUCUAGCUAAGAAGAUGUCAUCGGAUGAAGGGGAGUGCAACAGUCCAGAUUUACCAAGAGAUUCAGACAGAGGCAGCUCAGUUUCCUCUGCGCUUCAGGAUGAAUAUGAAGAACUUCUUCGAUAUGCUGUUGUGACUCCUAAGUAUGAACCGAGUUUCCCAUCACAGCUGUUAAGGACAACUCAACUCUCCAGUUCACAACAUACUACUAAAAGAGACAAACCAGCUCAACCCCCUGCAGAUAACGAAGGGCACCCAAACAACGGGGCUACACCAACUCCGCCUUUAGAAGAAUCCAGACCGCCAAGUCGCACAUCUGAGGGUAAUAUCAUGGCAGCCAGGUCUGUGUCACCUGAGGAAAGAUCAGCGGCAGCACAGACUGGGUCAGACAGAUCAGGACAAAGCAGCCCUGAUGCUCUGAUCACUGUCAUGACAGAGAUGUUUAUCUCAGAGGAGAAUCUGAACAGGAUGGAGAACAUCUUAGACACCUGGAGCACAAACCUUAAGAGUAAUGUAAUGAUGGAGCUGAGGAAGUGGAAACUGGCCUUUGUGGAGCAGCACAGGCUGGAGCUUAAGAAGGAGAGGGAGAAACAUGCAGCACAUAUGGCUGCUGUAAAUGCUGAGAUGAACAGUCUCAAAGACCUACUCAACACCUACCAGAUCUCUAACCAGAGGAAAGAUGAGGUGAUAGCGAAUCUGAGCAGGGCGGUUGACAGGCAGAGGGAAAAGCUGGAGCUGAUGAGGAGUUUCACCCAGUGGAGACUGCAGCAGUGUGCUGCCAGAGAGGAGGCGCAGGGGGGCAAACUGGCCGAGCAGCACUAUCAUUUGCAGCUCAAGAGAAAGGUAUGGGCAGGCUGGCACUCGCUCAUCCAGAACAGGUGGCGGGAGCGUGUGGAGAGAGCAUGUUGUGCCAGAGCAGAGGACGUCUGUAUGCAGCUCUCUACAGACUAUGAGGCCAAGAUGGCACAGCAUGUAGAUGAGCUCCAGAAAGCUCAAGCUGAGAUCCACAGGCUGCACACGGAGCGAGAGCACUAUGAGGACUCUAUGAAGAAAGCUUUCAUGCGUGGGGUCUGUGCGCUCAACAUCGAGGCCCUUAGUAUGUUUAACACUGGAGAAGCGGGUAGACUGGACCGUGAUGCUCCACCUUCAGGGGACGAGCCAAGCAGCAGCUCAAUGGCUAAUCACCCUCCACGUACUGUCUCGUCUGCACGGCUCAGUCCAAUUGUCAUGGAGAGUCCAGUACAGCCGGGCCCCUCCCACAUCAAUACAGAGGAUGUAGAGGGGGAACAGUUACUCUCUCAGUCUAGCUCAAUCACAGGCCCAAGAGCAGAAACUCUUCUCUCAACCACAGUGGUAAACUCUACCAUUCCACCAGGGGGCAGUUCGAACUCCUUCAGACAGAUGAACGCACGGAUAGUAACAGCUGGCAAACAGAAAGCCUCUAAGACAGUAACUGCUCGUUUGACAGGCCGGGCAGAGCAUAACCGGACGGGCCGCCCCCCUACAGCCCUGCAUGUCAUGGGUGUGGCUCCUCCCAUGAGUUCAGUUGUAGUAGAAAGACACCACCCUGUCACUCAGCUCACUGUUGGCCAGGCAACAGCAGCCAAGUUUCCUCGCUCCGCUCUUCAGAGUCAGACUGUCUCCAGCAGCAAGAGCUCCUCCAGUCAGCCUAGAGGCCCCUCCUCCUCCACCUUUCACAUCCACUCCAUCAAAGUUGUGGACUAACACACACACACACACACACACACACACACACACACACACACACUUGCUCAUUUAUGAGUCAGGUCUUGAGUCUGGAUACUGUAACUUAAAAGUAUUUAAUUUGUCAUCAAAAUUUGUCAGGUUUAGAUUAGGUUAAUUUUUAGUACAAAAUUUAAUUUUUAUCAUAACAUGGUGGAAAUGAAGGUUAGUUGUUUAUAUACUAAAUUUGCUAAAUGAACACUUUUAAUUGAAGAAACAUUAUUUAUUACAUGAUGUGGUUUCUUUUAUUUAUUAAAAUUGUUUGUAUGAGUGUCACCAUUUACUUUAUAAUGUUUUACAAAGCCAUGAUCAAAAUCUGCAACAGUUUCCUGAUUGUUUCAGAUCAGUAAGCUUCUGUAUUAGUUAGUACUGUAUCUUAAUUCACAGGUUUUAACUGCUGGAUCUCCAUGCGUGUCAAUUAGGAAAUAAAGCACGGUUUUUAGUUCA